UUGUACGUCAGUAAAGUUGAUCCGGGUUCGCCACGCGCCGAGCGUAAACUUUCAGCCGCGACCGCGCCAUCGAUGAAAACAAAGUGGCUGAAAGCAUUUAGAAGCCUAAAGCCGGCUUCCGGUUCAGCACCAGCCGAUAGUCAACCACGUCCAAAUCAAAUGUAUCACGCCGUCUCAACUGUUUUGACCUUAAGGCGCAAUGGAGCCGCCGGUUCAUCGUCACAACCACUGCGUCCCAACGAGGAUGGCAGUCAUCAUUUGCAGGAGUAUACGUACAAAAAGAUAACCGCCUGCGAUGUUUGCUCACAAAUCUUAAGAGGCCACACACGUCAGGGAUUACGCUGUCGCAUUUGUAAACUAAAUGCGCACGGUGAUUGCGCUUCACAACUGCCCCGCUGCCAGCCUAAACAAAAAUUACUGCGACGACAGAAAAGCACAUCGGAGCUGGAGAAUCGUGUCGAUGUCGAGGAAGAAAUUGCAGACACCAACCGCCCAAAUCCAGCGCGUCCACAUGGCGAACCGCUCAUACUCAAUCACAAGAAGAUCCUCAAGAGCAGCAAUAGUGGCAGCAGUGAGCAAGCGCCUACCGAUGUGUCUUCGUUGAGUGAACUCGCCGCCGUUAGCAGGGCCACAACUUCACUUAGCAGUCGAGCGGCUACACCAGCGCCAAGUGAGAGUGGCAGAAGCGUAGGCAAAGCAGCUGGAAAGAGUGGGAAGCGGCGUGUGCAAUUAAACCACUUUAAUGCUAAUGCUGGUGGCCCUGGUACCACAGUUGACUCUGGGAACUCUGGUGAUACUACGGAUGCUGGUAACACCUUCAGCAAUGAUUCCUUAGGCGACACUGGUUAUAAUUAUGAUUCUGAUGAAAAUGAUGUAACAGCUCCGCAUUCGCCGCGUCGACAAAAGUUGAAUUUGCGCAUGAAAUCACUAAGCUUGGACUCACCGGAAUCAACGGAAUUACACGGUCAAAUACGUCGGCGUCAACAGCCGGUCAUUGGUCCAACAACUGUUGUUGGUGGCGGCAGUGGAUAUUAUCAUAGCGGUUCCGGUGGACACUUGGAGCACAGUACGCCGCCAUCAAAUAAUAGCCGUUUGCAUUCGCCUUCCAGCCCCUCACAUCAGGGUCGCAAAUUGCUUUAUGCCACGCGCGGCAUGCGCGGUGGCAGCGUCGAUCUGCCAGACGAGAUGGAGAAAUCGCAGUCAUCGGCGAGCACCUCACCAUGCCCCUCACCCAAAUCUCACCGCUUAUUGCCAACGAAUUUGUACGUCAUUUUAUACAACUUCAAAGCACGGCACGCCGAUGAGUUGGACUUGAAAGCUGGUUAUAAGGUUACCGUCAUCGACACCUCUGAUCCAGAUUGGUGGCAAGGUAAGCUGCUGGGCCGCGUCGGUUACUUUCCAUCCAAAUAUUGUGUACGACUGAACGCCAAUGAGAAACCGUUACAAGUUACACAUAAUUUGCAAGUGUCAGAUGGUGAGCGAGGAGAAAACAUGACGCUCCUCAGAGAUCAAAUAGUUAUACAGACUGGCGAUGAGGUCAACGGUAUGGUGAUGGUACGUUCUGCAGACAAUCGUCAGGGAUACUGUCCCGUCAAGUACCUGCAAGAGGUGUGACAGCCAAAAGAGCCGCCAGCUGAACGUGACAAGCCGCAGAAGUCUUCGCUGUCAUCAAAACUUUUAGAUAAAACGAAACGUAGAAUAAGAAUUGUUGUAUCCGAGAAUGGUGGCAGUGGCUACAAUAAUUUGAGCCGCGAACCGAGCGCUCCUCCUGCCGAACAUGAAAUGAAGAAUAUAAAUAUCGAUUAUCAUGGCGAUUAUGGGGAGCCGAGUAGUAGUGAAUACUAUGGUGGUUUUGAUGCUGCCACCAGUGGUAGAAGUAAGAAUGACAAGAAUUGGGAGAACUGGGAGCGCAUAAGAGAACAAAAAUUAGAGAAAAUGAAAAAUAUUUGCUUUGAAAGUUACCGUCAAUCGAAACGAGAUCGAAUGCAACAGGCUAAACCGAAACCGAAACAACUCGACCCAUCGUGGUACACAGACAAUAUUUAUUCAAAUCGUUCCGAGGAUCUUGAGGAGGACUAUGUGCCAGAGUGCCUAAAGUAUGGAACGUAUCGCAAGCUGCGCAACAUACGCGAGCAAGAUGAAUUCUUUGUGGAGGACGACUUGGAUGACGUGCUGGUGCCAGAAGUGGGCGGUAAAGGUAAACGUGGCGAAGGUGAAGGUUCACCUGGCUAUGGUUUGCAUCGCUCAAUCAGCUGCAAAGAGUUUCAGUAUCCAAAGUCGCAGAGCUGUUAUAUGAUGAGUGGCGGCGGCAGCUAUGAAGGCGGUGGCACCACCUCAAUCUUGAAGAAAACCAAUGUGCCCAAAUCGUAUUCGUUCAGUGCGACAACGUCCAAGACGACACCCUUCGAUGUCAUGGACUACGAACUGCCACAUGCGGGUGCAACGCGCCGUGACAAACAGGAGGCCUUCCGCAAGUCCGCGGGCUACUACUGCAGCAGCAGCCUUGACGAGAGCACGCUGGCGUACGCGGCUCACGAAGCACCGACGUCACCGCCGCCGCCGCCAGCGCCGCAGCCGUGUUGUGCGCGCGAGCAUUGCACCAGCGCCAAGUGUUUGCUAGAUGAAAUCUACCCGUGCUACCCGGCGGCGGCCGGACGCCGCACAUGGCGCAGCCGUGGCACGCCCGUGGGCAUUGCGACAACGUCCAAGACGACACCCUUCGAUGUCAUGGACUUCGAACUGCCACAUGCGGGUGCAACGCGCCGUGACAAACAGGAGGCCUUCCGCAAGUCCGCGGGCUACUACUGCAGCAGCAGCCUUGACGAGAGCACGCUGGCGUACGCGGCUCACGAAGCACCGACGUCACCGCCGCCGCCGCCAGCGCCGCAGCCGUGUUGUGCGCGCGAGCAUUGCACCAGCGCCAAGUGUUUGCUAGAUGAAAUCUACCCGUGCUACCCGGCGGCGGCCGGACGCCGCACAUGGCGCAGCCGUGGCACGCCCGUGGGCAUGUAUGGCGCUGGAGCCAGCGGUGGUAGCAACAGGAACCUACACACCGCCUCCACCUCCGCCGAUUGGAUCGAGGAAAGAGAACGCGGUAGCCAUCGUGUGGCAGCGGCUUCGCGCUACUCCUUGCACUCGGGACGUGGUCGCGAUCACGAACGUGAACGCCACAGCGAUCGCGAGUGCGAGCAGGCACCGCCGCCGCCACCAACGGUCGUUUGUUGCUGUGUCGCCGAUGACUAUUGCUACCACCGCCAGCAACAGCGCCAUAUUGCCAGGUCGCGUUCGCGCCUACACUGUCCCGGCCACCAUCCGGCAGCCGAGGAGGAAGAACAUUCACACUGCCGCGCCGUGGCCUACGACACCGAUCUCGAUCAUUUUAUACGCGACGAACGCGAGCGUCUACAGAUGCAGGACAAAUUUCUCGAUGAAGAUGAACGCUAUCUGUCCAAUGCCGGACCAAGUUCACACUACGCCUCGCAAUAUCGACGUCCAGCACGUAGUAAGUCAUUGCUGGAGGUGCAACCGCCAAGCCGGUACGACGAUGAUACAUGUUCAGACUCCACCGAAAUGGAUUUGGAGGACUUCAAUGUCGACUUGGAAAAAUACUGGGCCGAAUUGGAUAAACCACCAAGUCCUGUAGAUUUAGAUAUGCAGCGACGCAAUAUGCAAAGCAAUCUUAAGGCAAAGAAUGUAAAUGUCGGCUGUUACAACAAUGGCCAACCCAUCGAUAUGCACGAUCGCGAGCAGGAACGUAUGAUGAUCAAGAAGUCGCUACUUGAGGGCAUGCCCUCUCCACCACAGGUGGAGUCGUCGGCGCCAGACGGCUGCGCAAUGCACCAUGGCGCCCAUAACUCCAGUGACUUUAAUUUUUUUGAGCAAGCGGGCUCCCCCCUUCACCGCGGCUACAACUAUGGCCACAAAGUUUACCCGGUCGCGGAUAGCCUACCCUCAUAUAAAUACAAUAAUUUCUACACCGAACACGAGGUACAGACCAAACAACCCACCACCGGUGGACAUCACCCCUCCGCCAGUGGUAACUCUGCACUCAGUCUGAUCAACAAUAUAUUCUCCAUCUACAAGCCAAAUAAGUAUUCAGCCCAAAACUGCCAAAUGAAUGUUGAAGCCAAACCCGAGCCGUGCAAAAAAAUGAAUGUACCCACAACACGUCGACACCUUGGUUCAGCACCACAUCCCGAGUAUAUGCACUCAAUGAAACGACCAAUGUUAGUCAGCACCGAUCAGCCGCAAUUCAAGAUUAUACCAGAGAAGACGGGUCUGAAAAUUACACCGCUAUAUACUUAUGAAGACUAUGUCAUCGAUAAGCCACAAUCACGACAUAAACUGGGUGGCAUGGUGCGACCGGUGGUGCCCCCGCACUGAUGGUGCUGGACCUUUCCAUGGUAUGGCGGUUGUUAGAAAGCUUGAAGGAGCUGAUGAAAGGGACAUGAAACUGGAAAAUUAUAUUCUGAGUGACGCCAGGCUAUAAAAAAAGUUGGCAAAGAUUGUGCAGCAGUAAAAAGUUUUAGGGUGAAAGUUCACGGUAGCGGCGAUGGUGUCUUAUUCGUAAAGAUAUAGCGACAAGAAACUGCGCUUAAAUGUGGUGCUAUUUAACGCACAAAACGGGCUUUAACCGCAACAUCGACCAAGCCAACCAAAACGACGGUGAAGAAAUGUUAGGCAUAUUGAGCUAAAAAUUAGUAAUAAUCAACCUAUACCUUGGUUCAAGCUACUGUGUCGCCACCACCAGCAACACCAUAGCCAAGCCAUGAACCCCGUCAAUGUCAUCGUCCUCUUCGAUACAUCACCAAUUUUUGCGCCACUUUUAUUUUCCAAUAUUUUUAACAUUUCGAUUUCGGUUUAGUCAACUUCAUACAGCUCCAAACUAAAUGAAACAUUGAUAGAUAGUAUUGAGUCUCCGACGGGUACUAAUAACCAGUACGGGACUUGCGUUGUUGGAAAGUACGUUACCAUACCACUG